GCGUUAUUAUGGGUCAGUGGUGUGACGUCACAGAGUGGGCGGUCUCCUGUGUUGUACUCCACUUUCAUUCAUCAGGGUUACAGAAGUGAAGUGCGGGACUACACCGAUUCCUUCUCCCGGGACCCACACUCCAGAAAAGCACGACCGAGUAAGUAUUCAGAGGCAGCAUGGCAGAAGCUCACCAGGCGGUUGCCUUUCAGUUCACUGUCACUCCCGAUGGCAUUGACCUACACCUUUGUCAUGAGGCCUUACGGCAGAUUUAUCUUUCUGCCUUACACUCCUGGAAAAAGAGGUUCAUUCGGUUCAAGAAUGGUAUUAUGACCGGAGUUUAUCCUGGAAGUCCUUCUGGACUCCUUGUUGUGGUUGGAGGUUAUAUGACCUAUACAAAGUAUGCGGAGAUAGACCCAAGUUUAGGACUCGUAACUAAGCUGGCCACUCAUUUACCAGUCAGUAACUAUAUAACAGAGGACACCCAGCGUAUCGUUGGUGGAAUGCUGAUUGGUACGGGGGCUUGGGUCACUAUAAUCUUUGUCAUGAGGAAUGUUCUGAAAUCUCUCCUGUCCUGGCAUGGCUGGAUGUACAAUCGGCAUGGGUCCAUGUCCUUAAGAACCAAAAUUUGGCUGUUACUGGUAAAGUUGUUCUCUGGACCGAAGCCAAUGCUGUUCAGCUUCCAGAGCUCACUGCCACGCCUACCCGUGCCUGCUGUGAAGGACACAAUGAAAAGAUACCUCGAAUCAGUGCGUCCUCUAAUGGACGAUAAGCAGUACAAACGUAUGGAAGGACUGGCACAGGACUUUGAGAAGAACUUGGGCCCCAAACUCCAGUGGUACCUGAAGCUCAAGGCCUUUUGGGCCUCUAAUUAUGUCAGCGACUGGUGGGAGGAGUACAUUUACUUGCGAGGUCGUGGACCCAUCAUGGUCAACAGCAACUACUAUGCAAUGGACUUCCUGUACGUUUUCCCUACUAAUUUGCAAGCCGCCAGAGCAGGGAACACCAUCCACUCCAUCAUGCUUUACAGAAGGAAACUUGACCGAGCUCAGAUCAAACCUGUUUACUUGCUGGAGAACAGAGUGCCGUUGUGUUCGGCACAAUGGGAGCGGAUGUUUAACACAUCCCGCAUCCCAGGCCUGGAGACAGAUAUCUUGCAGCACAUGAACGAGAGCAAGCACAUCGUGGUUUAUCACAAAGGCCGCUUUUUCAAGGUGUGGAUGUUUUACGACGGCCGCUUGCUGUUACCCAGAGAGAUUGAGCAACAAAUGGAGAGGAUUCUGGCAGAUACAUCCAAGCCUCAGCCUGGGGAGGAAACAUUGGCUGCACUUACUGCAGGAGACAGACUGCCUUGGGCAAAGGCCCGUGCCGAGUUUUUCAGUAGGGGAAAGAACAAGUCUCUGGAUUCAGUGGAGAAGGCUGCUUUCUUCGUCACGCUGGAUGACACAGAGCAACGUUAUGAACCUGAUAACCCUGUGCAGUCCCUGGACAGCUAUGCAAAAUCUUUGCUUCAUGGAAAAUGCUAUGACCGAUGGUUUGACAAGUCCUUUAACCUGAUUGUGUUUAAAAAUGGAACAAUGGGCCUGAAUGCUGAGCAUUCCUGGGCUGAUGCCCCCAUUGUGGGCCACCUGUGGGAGCAUGUGUUGUCUAUGGAUCCUAUAAAGCUCGGUUACACUGAUGAUGGCCACUGCAAGGGCAAACCACAUCCCAGUCUGCCUGGACCCCAGCGUCUACAGUGGGAUAUUUCAGAGGAGUGUCAGUCUGUCAUCAACAGCUCUUUGACGGUGGCUAAUGCCUUGGCAGAUGAUGUAGACAUGCACAUCUUUCCCUUCAACAACUUUGGCAAAGGUUUAAUCAAGAAAUGCAAGACCAGCCCAGACGCCUUUAUUCAGAUCGCACUCCAGCUCGCUCACUUCAGAGAUAAGGGCAAGUUCUGCUUGACAUACGAGGCCUCCAUGACGCGUCUAUUCCGUGAAGGUCGCACAGAAACUGUUCGCUCCUGCACAGUGGAGACUUGCAAGUUUGUUCGUGCCAUGAUGGAUGAAAAACAGACGAGAGAUGAGAGGAUGCAACUUCUGAAAAUAGCAGCAGAAAAGCACCAGAACCUCUAUAGAAUGGCCAUGACUGGCAAAGGCAUCGAUCGCCAUCUUUUCUGCCUUUAUGUGGUGUCUAAGUACCUGGGAGAUGACUCAGCCUUCCUCAAAGAGGUGUUGUCUGAGCCGUGGAGGCUGUCCACUAGUCAGACUCCUCUACAGCAGGUGGAGCUCUUUGAUUUGAAGAAGCACCCAGAGCAUGUCACCAGUGGUGGUGGCUUUGGACCAGUUGCAGAUGAUGGUUAUGGCGUGUCCUAUAUCAUUCUUGGAGAAGACCUAAUUAACUUCCACAUAUCCAGCAAGCGUUCCAGUCCAGAGACUGACUCCCACCUCUUUGGCAGCCAUAUUAAAAAGGCCAUGCUCGAUAUACUUGAGCUCUUCAAUUUGGACAAGAAGUUGGACUGAACUGUUCUUCUCUCUCCAUACAUAAAAUGGGUUUCAUUUCAGUGAAAUCCUCUGUGUGAUCAACUUUAAAUUUAUUGUUGAUUUUGUAAUUUAUGAUUGAUAAAACAAUAGUUGGGAUUGAUAAAUAUGACAAAUAUUGUAUGGAAUAGAAGAUUAUAUUCAUGUUAUUUUCAGGUUUUAAAUGUGUUUCUUUGAAGUAACUAUACAUUUAGAACUUUUUUAAUAAUGGAUUGGCCCAGGCCUUCUUUUGUUUUUGUUUUUUUAGUUAAUGUGCUGAAGAAAAACCUAGAUAACAGUUUGGCUGAAAAGCCCCCCACUGUUUUUUGUGCUUUAUCAAUGCAAAGCAAUUUCAAUGCAAUGUUUUUAGGAAGUAUUACUUACUCUGCUGAACAUGAAGGACACAUGAUAGUGGCUGUGGUGCCAGACAGCCACUAGGUGGAGUACUUGGAGAACUUAUGCUGUGAGCUUUUACUUUAAGAAACAUUAUACAUAUCACUGGCAUGAGAUUUCUUAUACACGUACUUGACACAUUUUUUGCAUUAACUUUAAAUGGCAAACUACAUUACAAGUAAAUAUCAAUUAAACUGUACAUUAUUCUUCAUAAA